AUGUUUGGAAAAUCUAGAAUUGAUUUGCAGCUUGAUGAACAAAGACGUUCAGAUGUAAUACGCCAUAAUGAAUUGAAACAUCAAAAAUAUUCCGUGGUACAUCCAAUAGAAUUCAAAAUGAUCUUAUUUGCUCAGUUAGCAACAUCAUAUCAACAUGAAACUUCAGACAUAACAAAUCUGUCUCAAUUAUCAACAACUUUAAGGUAUGUUCAUCAAGAAACCGGGGAAGCACAUGAACGUUUUAUCUCAUUUGUCGAUGUUAAUGCUGAUAGAUCAGCAGAUGGUUUAUUGAAACACGUAAUUGAUAUAGUUAAUAGGUAUGAAUUAAAACAUAAAUUAGUAGCUCAAACUUACGACGGAGCGGCCGUUAUGAGUGGUCAUGUUGGAGGACUACAAGUUAAAGUAAAGGAGCUCUACCCAAAAGCAUUAUUUGUCCAUUGUCUUAGCCAUUCAUUAAAUCUUGUACUUUCACAAUCAGCAUCAAAUAUAAAAGACUGUAAGAUUUUUUUUCAAACACUAACUGGUAUGGGAUCAUUUUUUACUAAAUCUUCUAAACGUACACAUGCUUUAUCUAAUUUUACAAGAAAAAAAAUGCCAAAAAAUGUGCCGACUAGAUGGAAUUUUUCUUUUCGCUUAGUAAAUACAGUUCACGAAUAUAAUUCAUAUUUCAUAGAGUUUUAUCAACACGUAUUAGAUAAUUCUAAUGAUUGGGAUAAUGAAGCGAUAGUAUUAUCUCAAGGGUUCAUCAAUUCUUUAGAUAGUCGACAAACAUACUUUUUGCUAAUAGUAUUUAGUAAAAUAUUUAGUUUGACUGAUAUUUUAUAUGAAGUAUUACAAACUAAACGUUUAGAUAUUUUAUACUGUGUGAAAAAAAUUGAAGAAACUAAAUGUCAACUGCAAAAUUAUAGGUUAAAUCUAUUUGAAAAAUUAUGGGAAACAGUUUUAUCAGAUAAAGGCGAUUUUGAACUACAGCGUAAAAUUCGUGACCCAAAAACAUUUUACAAAGUACUUUUUAAUGAAAUAUUUGAUAACAUAUUGACAAAUUUGCAAGCGCGAUUUGGUUCUUUAAAUAAAUUUGAAUUUUUAUCAUUAAUUGACCCAAAAUUUUUAAAUACUAAUCCAUAUGAUUUAGUCAAAAAAAUUAAGAUGAAUGAUUUAAUAUCGGCGUUCCAAGAAGUAUUUAAACUCAGUCAACUAAUUUUAACUAUUCCCAGUACAACAGCUUCAGUUAAACGUUCUUUUUCGGCAUUAAAACGUAUCAAAUCGUAUCAAAGAUCUACACAAGGGCAAGAAAGACAAAUAAGCGAGUUAGAUACCAAAAAAAAUAAACUUCAAAUUUUGGGAGAUAUGCGUAAUGAAAAGUUAAAGCAGGACGAAAAAGAAGAAGAAGAAAGACAGAUGAACAUAAUAAGUUUAAAAUUAGAAGAAAGGCGACAGUUAUUGGAUUUGUCGAAAAAAGAAGUGGAAAAUAUCAAGUUCAAGAUACCAUACUACAAAAAUCUUUUCGAAGAAGCUUUUUGCAUAAAUAAUAGGAUAGCUGAUUACACGAAAAUGGUGUCAGAUCUUUUCCGGAAUAUAAUGAUUGAUAACCACGGGAAAACUAUGGAAAGAUUAAUACAAGAAGAAGAGGAAUUGUCGUCCAACUACAAGAUGAUAUCGAGAAAGCGUAUAAGAUAUGAACUGGAUGAAGGAUGGUUGGGUAUGAAUAAUUGGGAAAAUGGAGGGCGAUGUGGAAAGGCAGGGAUUUGGAAGUACUAA